AUGGCGCCCGUCAGCGAGAAGGAGCACCUCGACCUCGCCGAGCGCAACCACGCCCGCGACCACGCCCUCGCCGCAGCCGAGCACCACAAGCGCGCCGCGACGCGGCGCGCGCAGGCCGCCAUCGACCCGACAUGCGACGGGCCGUACGUCGCGUGGGCGCUGACCGCGACGUCGAUCCUGUGCCUGCUCGCCACGACCCUCAGCGCGCCGUUCACAAAGCUCUCGCUGCUGUCUACCCCCGUGCCCAUCGGCCUCUGGGGCCACUGCGACGCGUACACCUCGUCGGCGAGCUGCGAGCUCACGUGGCCGUGGCCGACGGUGCGCGGCGGCGAGGUGCUCGCGUACACUGGCGCGUUUGGCCCGCUCGUGUCGUGGACCAACUUGUCUGUGCCGAUUUGUGUCCUCGUCCAGCUCGGCGCCCUCGCCGCCCUCCACACCGACUCGUCGCGCGGCCGCUGGACGCUCUACCCCGCCAUCUCGGUCAUCGCGUCCUCGGUCGCAAUGUUCACGUUCGUGUCCGUGUACACGGGCUACGUGCGCGCCGCGGCCGUGCUCUCGCUCAACGUCAACAUCCGCGGCGCGGUCACCGGCGGACCGGGCCUCACGGCCGUGCUCAUCGGCUGCGGGUUCGCGCUCAUCGCCAACCCGCUCUCGUCGCUCGAGACGCACGCCCUCGACUGGCUCAUUGACCGCGUCGCCGGCGCCGACUGGCAUCCCGAGGAGGGCAUGGUGCGCCUCGAGGAGGAGGAGGAGGAGGUCUAG